AUGGACUCAGAGUGCGCCACCAGCAUCCGGCAAGGGCUCUUCCUGCUUCUUCUCGUUCUGCCCGCCCUUGUCCUUGCGCAUGACCCCCCGGCCGGUGGAGUUUCCAUUGCCAGUUGCGGCCGCAAGAGAAGCUUGGACGGCACGGUCUCGGCUGCCUCGGCUUCGGGGUGCGUGUUGGCUCCGGAGAUGACAGAGGGACCCUACUACUGGGACGACCAGCUCUCGCGACGCAAUAUCACGGAAGGGCGACCUGGGGUGCCGCUCGUCCUGGAGCUGUCGGUGGUGAACGUGCACACUUGCGAACCGGUGCCCGAUGCGGUGGUAGACAUAUGGCACUGCGACGCCUUGGGUGUCUACUCGCACUACACCAGCGCUGGCGUUGGCGGCACCGGUGGGAUGCAGGGCUCCACCGAUGCUACCACGUUUUUGCGUGGCGUGCAGCUUACCGACCCGCAAGGCAAGGUCACCUUCGACUCGCUGUACCCCGGAUUCUACCAGGGUCGUGUCACCCACAUUCACGUCAAGGUCCAUCUCAACACGAGCGUCGUGCACACCGGUCAGCUCUUCUUCGACGAAGACCUGAACACUGCCAUCUACCAGCUGGCGCCUUACACACAGAACACGGCCACCCGUACCGCUCUCGAUUCGGACGGGAUCUACACGGGCACGGCCAACGCCAACGCCGGCCUGUUCGAGGACGUGCAGCAGAUGCAGCCCUCGGUGGGCAAUGCCGGAGGACUCUCGGCCUCUCUCACCCUCGGCGUCGACCCCACUGCUACUGGGAACGACGGCAGCAUCGGCCUUCCUGGAGGCGGAGGCGGCCCUCCUCCUGGCGGCCGUCCAGGCUCGCCGCCCAACUCCACAACGGGUGGCGGCCAGACUGAAGAUGACGACGACGACGACGACGAUGACGAUGACGAUGACGAUGAUGACGACGAUACCGGAGCCAGCGCUCUGUCGAGCGUGGUCAUCAUCUGUUGUUCGCUGACCGGCUUCGCGGCCAUCGUCGGCGGACUCCUCUGGCUCAAGGUUCGCAACGAACGAGCUGGCUACGAGAGUCUUUGA